AGGCUGAUAUUUCUCUCCUCAGCCACGUGUUUUGCUCUUCCUCAUCUUCUUCUUCUUCCCGACUCUUCCCCCUGAAGCUCCCCCUAAGCCAUCGACUUCUUCCUCCUUUGAAAACCGGUAGAAGACUUGAAAUUUCUUCUUUCCUUCUUGUUCAAGAACUGAUUUGGGGCUUAGAAUCUUCCCUCUCAACCCAGAAAUCCGGAUCUGCUCUGCUUCUUCCUCCCUUGUCCGUCGAGUUCUGCUGGGUUUGAAUCCUUCGGCUUUUUCUGAGCUUAGGUUUGAUUAAGAUUUCGUGAUGUGAGAGCCUAGGUUUAAGUGAAUACCUAGGAUAUGUUUUGAACUUGGUUAGUUAAGGGAUCUAGAACCGCGGUGAGACGAGUGAUGGGGUUAUACAAGGGACGAUUCUGAUUUGUGUUGCCUAAAUUUUCUGAUCCGCUUUGAUGAGGUAGUAAUUCAGUUAGUUCCUGUUAUCUGUCGAUAGUGAGAAGUUCUGAAAUUUAUCUUGCUCACUAUGCUGUUAGGACCUUGUUUGAAACUUGGUCCCUUGUGAUAGUAUGCUUGAUUUUGGUUGUGGCAGGAUGUAUAAGGCCUUCCACAUUAGGUCUGUUUGUUUGAGUAUUCAUCUGGGCAUUCAUACGUGAAUGCAAACAUGGACAUACAUGAGCAUAUACAUGGGCAUUCAUGCAUGCACGCAUGAGCAUUCAUGCAUGCACACAUGAGCAUUCAUGCAUGCACACAUGAGCAUUCAUGCAUGCACACAUGAGCAUUCAUACAUACACGCAUAAAGGCAUUCGUUCAUACAUGCAUAUACAUGCAUUCAUCCGUUCAUGAUUCUGUAUAUCCGAGUGAUGCUUAUCCGUCUCGGAUGAAGUUCCAUCUUUUAGUUGGACUCAUCAUUAGAUUCCUUGCCAUGUGGUUGUGUUUGAUGGGUGCCGGGUCUUGAUUUGAGUCAAGGGCGCCACAUAAUCACACCAAUAACUCUCGAGUUUAGUUACUUGUGUUAAGGCGUGAAGUUAUCUCCUGCAUCCCAAAUGGCCAUUGGGGAGGGUGGAGAUUGAGAAUUGUCAUUGUUGUGGUUUGAUAUUAGAGUGGCGCAGCGGAAGUGUAGUAGACCAUGUUCUGAUCAUAGAAAGUCGGUGAGGCAAUUGUUUUGUCUUAGAUUGUAUGAAGCCAUUCACCAAUCUAGAUGAUCCUAGAUUUGAGUUUUGGGGACAAAACUCCUUUUUAGGAGGGGUGGAUGUAAUAUCCCAAAAUUUUGGGGUAUUUUAGCAUUAAAUUGAGGACUUCUUUGAGGAAAAAUAUUAUUUUGGGGCUUAAUCGUAAACUUUUUAAAAGUUAAGGGACUAAAAAGAAAGGAAAUUAGGAUAAGGAUCAAGGCUGAUAUUUCUCUCCUCAGCCACGUGUUUUGCUCUUCCUCAUCUUCUUCUUCUUCCCGACUCUCCUUUGAAAACCGGUAGAAGACUUGAAAUUUCUUCUUUCCUUCUUGUUCAAGAACUGAUUUGGGGCUUAGAAUCUUCCCUCUCAACCCAGAAAUC